AUGGCCUACAUUCGGGGGACGCAGGCGCCCAUGGAUUUGGACGCACGAAGGCCAUCCAUCUUUGACGAGCCAGGCAUGCCGCAGCCGUACAUGAGCAGUGCUACGCCCGAUACAUCGCUCAUGGAUGUGGAUAUGGAGAGUGCGACGCCGCCUGCACCUGUGCGCAUGACAGAGAUGGAAGUGGGCGAGAGUGUGGCUGCGGUGCCUGGUAUUAAACUGCGUGCGCCGAAGCGUGUGCCUUUACCAGCACCGCCGGAUGUGCCAGCGCCGGCAGACGUGCCAGCGCCGCCGGAUAUGCCGGCGCCAGCAGGCGCGCUUGUCGUGCCAAAAAAGGCAGCGCGUGUGCCUGAGCCGCGGAAACCGUCGCGCACGUUUGGCGAUGCUGCACACAGCUACGUUUCGCACCAUUUUGGUGCCGAAGGCAUGUCGGUCCUGCGACGCCCCGAAGUCCUGCUUGGGUACGCGCAAUUCCUUUUCAACGCGAGUAUUUUGCUCGUGUUCCUCUAUCUUUUGUUCAGUAUUGUAUGGACCAUUCAGCGCGACGUCUCGCAAAAGGUACAUGAGUACGAAAUCGAAUACCUAGGCGAAAUUGCGGGGUGCAAUGCGGCCUACGCGGCGAAUCGGUGCGGCACCGAUUUACAAGCGCCUGCGCUCACCGAGGCAUGUGCGACGUGGCAUCGGUGCGGCUCACGCGACCACACUGUUGUUGGCCGCGCGCGUGUCACUGCCGAGACGUUUGCCGAGAUUCUCAAUGGGUUCGUGGACGCGGUGAGCUGGAAAACCAUGGUACGUCUUUCGUUGCUCACACAGCUCUUCUCCCUGCUUAUUCUCUCAAUUGUCGUCGGUGCGACAAAUUCCACCCUGUCCUUUUUCCGCGUCUCGGCUAGCAAUGCACGCAACGGGGCGCCUUAUUCCUACGCGCCAGCCUAUAGUAUUCCACCCGAUUGGGAGACGCAUGCACCGCACAUGGCACGCAUUCGUGCGCGCGCUAGCGAAGAGCAAUGA